AUGGCGUCCGGCAGCUCCUCCUCUGCGGCGGAGCAACGCGCGCAACACUCGCACUCGCAGUCGCACUCACAUUCACAUACGAGUCACGAAAGCCGACAACGGCGCCAGAAUGGAGAGAGCAGUAAUGGUGGCAACAGCAGUGGCAGCGGCACCGGCAGGAAUAGAAGCCAGAGUGGCAGCCGGAGCGGAACCCGAAGUGGAGGCGGAAGCGGUAGCGGCAGCAAUGUACGUGUGGCAGCAGCCAAAGUCGUCCCUGGCACGCCAAGGAGGGAUGCACCGUCGUCGUCCGGAAGCGGGAGCCGUGGUAGUGCCCAUGCCAGCGGCGGUGCGCCUCCAUCAACCACAUCAUCCGCUUCGUCGGCACAGGCACCGGCAUUGCGCAAGGCUGCGAGCAGCAGCAGUACCAGUGCGAGUAGCCGGGACCGGUCUGGCGCGUUACAAGACCCAGGACUCAAAGACUACCGUCUAGGAGAUUGUAUUGGCAAGGGCGCAUUUGGCUCUGUAUACAAGGCCUUCAACUGGGGGACCGGCGAGGCCGUGGCCGUCAAGCAGAUCAAGCUGACGGACCUGCCUAAGAGCGAGCUGCGCAUGAUUGAGGCCGAAAUCGACUUACUCAAAAACCUACACCACGACAAUAUUGUCAAAUACAUCGGCUUUGUCAAAUCCGUUGACUGCCUGAACAUCAUAUUAGAAUAUUGCGAAAACGGCUCGUUGCACUCCAUAUGCAAAGCAUAUGGAAAGUUCCCCGAGAAUCUGGUCGGCGUUUACAUGACGCAGGUUUUGCAAGGCCUGCAGUACCUCCAUGACCAAGGUGUCAUUCAUCGCGACAUCAAGGGCGCAAACAUCUUGACUACAAAAGACGGUACAGUCAAGCUCGCCGACUUCGGUGUCUCCACCAGCAGUCUGGCCGGUCCAGAUAAGGAAGCACAGGUUGUCGGCACACCAUAUUGGAUGGCCCCCGAGAUCAUCCAGCUAUCCGGCGCAACCUCUGCGUCUGAUAUUUGGAGCGUAGGCUGCACUGUGAUCGAGCUGUUGCAGGGUCGGCCACCCUACCACAACCUGGCUGCCAUGCCAGCCUUGUUUGCCAUCGUCAACGAUGACCACCCACCACUCCCAGAGGGCGUAUCGCCGGCCGCACGAGACUUCCUCAUGCAAUGCUUCCAGAAGGACCCCAAUUUGAGAGUAUCUGCGAAGAAGCUGGGCCGGCACCCUUGGAUCGUGAGUUGCCGUCGGAGUGACGCACCGGUCUCCAAAAACCCGUCGGAAGCUGUCGAAGAAGUCGUGCGCUGGAACCGCGCUCUUGAGUCGUCCGAAACGAACUUGAGAGCUUCGACCGGUUCAGAUAACUCGGGACCCCCGUUGAUGGGGCCGCUAAUGUCAAGGCACGGUGCCAGUGAGAUUCAACGUGGCGCUCGCGCGCUCCAUCUUGCCAAACCCCGUCCAAUGGCCGACGUUUUCAGCUCACCCGAGCUUGCAGAUGAGGACAACUGGGAUAAUGAUUUUGCAACUGCCAUCUCGCCAACGGCACUGCAGAACCUUAAGCCCCACGACAACUUUGGCGGCCUGCUGUCCAGCGACCGUCUGAAGCAGUUCGCGUCAAGUGACUCCCGCAAUGUGUCCGCCAACUGGGAUAACGACGCUCUGGAGGGUGAGCAGUUGAUGACAAUCAAACCUGUGAAAGAGCUUGCGGAGCCCGACUUCCAGGAGCAGACGAUCCGCCCAAUCAACAGAAAAUCGGACAAGGCGACCGUGACUGCUGCCAUCGCAGCUGCAACAACAGCUAGCAAUGCAUUCGCGAGAGGAGACGCGAUAUCACCUCCUCCAAUGCCGUCUUCCGCAUCCUCCAGCACAGUGACGUCGCCUCAAGCCGACUCGCCGAAACCCAUCCGAAGACGUAGGAGCAAGUAUGCAUCUCCCAACUCUCACGACUCGUCAAUGACCAGGUCACCUACGAAGAUGUCCUUUGGCAGCAAAUUCGAACUGCCGUCCCGCCCUGAGAUGGCCUACCAAGAGCAGCCAGUGGAAGACUAUUCCGACUUACUGGCGGAGAGCGACCUAGUAUUUACUAGCAACCGUUUAAAUAUGGUGCUGAACGGGCCUGUCGAACCUCCAGCUCCUGUCCCUCGCUCCGAACUUGUUCGCUCUUACAGUACACCGCAGGACUCUCCUCAGCUUUUCCACCCCUCCGAUCUCACUAGCCUUCCCCGGUCAAUGCAGGCUCCUGCAGGGGGCAGCAUGCGCCGACAAGCUGCCUCUCGGCCGUCUGUGCUGCCAGACCGGCCCAUGCGCCGGACGAGGUCUUCUGUUGAAAUCGAGCGUUUUGCCGAAGACGCGGAAGACGAAGACUUCUCUGACAUUUUCGGCCCCGGCGACAAUCUCACCGACAAAGAGGAAAGUGAUGCUGGGUCGGAGGACGGCGGCGGUCUGAUGCUCCUAUCCAAGCUCUCUCAUAGUUCGUGGCUCGGUGACGAGGAAGAUGAAGACGACCCGUUUGCCAUGAUGGAUCCUGGCUGGGACGAGAUGGACCUCGAAGCGAACAUUGCCAGAGAUCGGCACGCGCGCUUGGCUGAGAGGGUCGAGGAGCUCGUUAGGUCGUUGAAAACCACGGAAGGAGAAGACCAACUGUCCGAAUUGACAGAAGACCUGCUAUCCCUGCUAUGGGAGAACACCGAAAUCAAAGACCUCAUCAUCAGCUCCCACGGGUUGCUACCAAUUCUCGAGAUUCUGGAGCCCUGCACGGUUAAGAGCCGCCAGGAUAUGAUUUUACAGCUUCUGAAAAUCGUCAACGCGAUUAUUCUCGAUGAUGUCGAGCUUCAAGAAAACCUUUGCUUCGUCGGUGGGAUUCCCAUUAUCACCAAAUUUGCUGCUCGGCAAUACUCCAACGAGAUUCGGCUCGAGGCUGCUGCCUUUGUGCGACAAAUGUACCAGACAUCCACGACCACACUGCAAAUGUUUGUCAGCGCUGGUGGUCUCAACGUGCUCGUCGAGUUCCUGGAUGAAGACUACGACUCCUCCCGUGACUUGGUCUUGAUCGGUGUCAACGGCAUUUGGAACGUAUUUGAACUGCAAGGACCUACGCCAAAGAACGACUUCUGCCGUAUUUUCUCACGUAGCAAGAUUCUCGACCCGUUGGCACUCGUUUUACACAAGGUGCUUGAUGAAGAUGAUGAAGACGGAACCGGCCUGUCCGAGCUGAUCGAGGGCCGCAUCGUGAACAUUUUCUACCUCUUCUCACAAGCGGAAAACUAUGUGAAGGAGGUUGUUGCGGAUAGGCAAGUUCUCAAGACCGUUCUGAAGGACCUGCGGCGCAUGACGCCCAUCCACCAGAUCACGAUGCUCAAGUUCAUCAAGAACCUGUCGAUGCUUUCUACGACGUUGGAGACCCUUCACUCUGCCGAUGGCAUUGACUUCCUAAUAGAUGUGUUGAGCCAGAGCAUGAAGAAGGGCCAGAAUCACUUCCGCGAAAUUUCGAACCAGGUCCUCAACACCAUGUUCAACCUCUGCCGUCUCAGCAAGGAGCGUCAAGAGUACGCAGCCGUCAACGGUAUCAUCCCUCUUCUAUUGAAGAUCAUGCAGACCGAACGUCCUCCGAAGGAGUUUGCUCUUCCAAUUCUGUGCGACAUGGCCCACUCGGGCAGCAAAGGACGACGCUAUCUCUGGCAAAACAAGGGCCUGGACUUUUACGUCUCCUUGUUGGCCGACCAGUACUGGCAGGUCACUGCCCUUGACGCUAUCUUCAUUUGGCUUCAGGAAGAGACAGCAAAAGUGGAGGCACAUCUUCUCAACGACGGGCGAUUCAAGACCGCCAUCGUUGCGUGCUUCAAUACGGCCAAGGUCAACGCAUUCGACCCGAACCUUCUGGAGCCGCUCCUCAAGGUCUUGCGGCUGAGUCCUUCGCUGGCGGCGGACCUGGCCCAGGCCGAGAUGUACUCUGGCGUGGCACAGAAGUUCACGCACAAGAAAGCCGUCGUACGGCUGAACCUCCUGCGCCUUGUACGCAACAUUAUGGAUAACUCGGGCGCCGACAUGGGCGUCAGCUCCACACGGGCGGGCCGCAUGCACCUCUCGAUCCUGUUUGAGGCUGUCCAGAAGUUGGCUGAGAAGGACUCGGCCGUUCUGGUACGCAACUUGGCUGCAGAGCUUGUGCGGUCCCACAUUGACGUUCCGCCCGAUGCGGCCGCUAUGGCGAUGGCCACCAACAAUGCAUCGUCCAUGGCAGCACCGAGCUCCUCGAGAGCAAGACCCGGUGCGCAACGCCGGACAACACUUUACACGCCGCCGGGACUACAGUCGUCCGUGUCUGCACCCCUGACGCCCACACACAACGGUGCAGCAGCCCUAGCGCACAACCAGCGGCACAGCCAGUACAACCAGUACCGCGCGCUUCAGCACUCACAAUCGUCCUUGUCAUCUGCCAGCCCGGCUUUGAUCGAGGUGGCAGCAACGCACCGGAGGUCGGCCGUGGCGUUGGCCCACGAGCGAGAUGCCCUAGCAUACCGGCCACGGAGCCGAGACGGCGUAUCGGCUAUUCCCCGGCGCGUCAGCGGCGACUCGAGCAGUGGAAGCAGCGUCUCCUCGCUGUCCAAGGUUAGUGGGAUUGGGAGCGCGAGCAACAGCAGCCUCGCGUCACUCUCCAGCACCAACGGCUCGACAAUGACGUCUACGACGCCUACGAAUGGUGGGGGAAGCCGGCUUCCUCGCCAGCCCAUGGGCCACGGUCGCCACGGCAGCCGGUCGAGCCUCGGGCCAGCCAUUAUCAGCCGAUCGGAUAGCUCCAUGUCGAACAAGGAGAAUGUGGGUGGACGGUAUUCGAUGGCUGGCGGACUGGGACUGGGACUCGGCCCGUCGGCCGUGGCUGCGGGGGGCGGAGAGCGUGUCCAGCGAUUGUCGGCUGUCGGCAGUGGAAUGGGUGGCCACGGCGGUAGCGGCGGUACCGGCAGCAGCAGCAGCAGCAGCGAUCGACGCGCCAGCAUCAUUACUGCGACCAAUGCUAACGGCGCCGGUGGGGCCGGCAGCCGUCACGGUGUGGGCAGCGAGGUCAAAGUGAGCAACCGACGCCGUACACGAGCGCCCAGUGCCGAUGUCAAGUGGUCCUAG